AUCCAAGCAGCAAAACCUUGAAGAAGACAACAGGAACAGAAGUUAGGUGCUUCAAGCGUGUGUGCAGAUUAAAACCGUGAAAGUUGUCGCCAGACUAAAGCGAGGUAAACGUUUCCACCUCUGAAAGCGCUUUUGUGAUGUAGGAGUUUUGUUUAGCUAGCUGCUGCACCACGCUGCCGGAGCCUUAGCCCAGUGGGAGCCCCUCAAACGGUCUCCUCUGCCCGUCAGGCGCUCCGUGGGAAACAGCCUCAAGAUGAGCAAGCGCGGACGGUUCGGAGAGGUUUCGUCCAGAAGGGUCAGCAGCUGGGUGGACCCGGCCUUCUCUGAUUUGGCACCGAGAAGUUUCUCUGGCUCUGGAAAGAGAAAAGCUAGCUCUUCGUCGCUCCCCAAACCUGAAGAGAAGAUUAGGAGCAGCCCACAGCUGCUGACUGAGACGACUGGGGGAGACGGGGGUGAGGCAUGGGUGGACACAUACUCACCUCGUUCUCAGGCUGACCUAGCUGUCCACAGGAAGAAGGUUGAAGAAGUUGAGAAGUGGAUAAAGACACACACAAACACUUCAAAGGCAGGUGUUCUGAUACUGACUGGACCUUCAGGCUGUGGGAAGACCGCCACCGUCCAGGUCCUGUCCCAGGAGAUGGGUGUCCAGGUCCAGGAGUGGACCAACACAUCAAACCUAGAAUCGUACGGCAGUAGUCAGCACGCUGACUGGAGCACAAAUGGCUUCUCCUACAGCUCCCAGUUAACCCAGUUCGAGGAGUUUUUACUUAGAGCCAACAAGUACAAAUGUCUGAAGAUGAUCAGCGACAAAGGGACCACUAACAGGAAACUCAUCCUGGUGGAGGACUUCCCAAACCAGUUCUACAGGCAUCCUGCCAGCCUGCACGCGGUUCUGAGGCGCUUUGUGAACAGUAGUCAUUCUUCACUGGUGUUCGUUGUGUCGGAGUCUCAGAGUGGAGGCAGCAGGUCACAGGCUCUUUUUCCCAGAGAGCUCCAGGAGGAGCUCGGCAUCAGCUGCAUCAGUUUUAACCCUGUUGCUCCGACAGCCAUGAAGAAGGUUCUGAAUCACAUCUUACUGCAGGAGACGAGAAAGAGCUGUGAGAGGGUGUGUGUCCCAGACCACGCACAGCUGGAAGUCCUGUGUUCAGGAAGUUCAGGGGACAUACGGAGCGCCGUCAACAGUCUCCAGUUCUUCUGUCUCCCAGAGAAGGAGCUGUUUAUGGCCAAAAGGAGGUGUGUAGCGCCGCGGGAAAGGGUACAACGCAUCAGCAUGAAGGCAGGGCCGUCGAGAGGUGAGGAGGACCAGGCCAUCGGAGGAAAAGAUGCUUCUCUGUUCCUGUUCAGAGCUCUGGGAAAGAUCCUUCACUGUAAACGAGGGAAUCAGGAUGCUUCUGUCCCUGGCUUACCCCCCCACCUCCUGCAGCAUCACAGACACACACUCCUAGUGACCCCAGAGCUGGUCGUUGAGCGUUCACACAUGUCUGGAGAGCUCUUCAGCCUCUACCUCCAUCAGAACUACCUGGACUUCUUCUCUGACCUGGAGGAUGUUGACCGAGCCAGCCAGUAUCUGUCUGAUGCUGACCUGCUGACAGCUGAUUGGACAAGCCGCAGCCUCCUGGAGCCUUAUGGGUCCUCCGUGGCCUGCAGAGGACUCCUCCACUCACACUCACACCAGGUGUCAUCUGGCUUCAGGCCGCUGCACAAACCCAGCUGGUUUCUGGUCAACAAGAAGUAUCGGGACAACUGUCUGGCUGCCCAGUCCCUGUUCAGGAGCUUUGGUCUUCCACCAGUGUGCCUGCAGACCCAGCUGCUGCCUUACCUGGCCAAACUCUCCAACCCCAUGAGGAGCCAAACACAGGUAACGUUCAUCCAGGCUGUGGGCCACAUGUCUCUGACGAGAUGUUCUGGAAGGUAUGGCACAAUUCACCCGUCUGGCAGGGUCAGAGCGGUGGUGUCAUUCAUUAACUUCCUACUGUGCUGUUCUGUAUUCAGACUGAAACCCGAGACUCUGACAGACAAGGAGACAGGGGAGCAGCAGGAGGUGGAGGAGGAGCAGAGGGACCUUCCGUCCAGUCAGCCUGAACUGUCAACAAACCAAGUUCUCCUCGAUGAAGAAGACCUGAACAUAGAGGACUAUAGCAGCGACUGACCCGCUUCUCCUGAUCUGAUCUGAUGUUCCCAUAUUUAUUUAGCAGGAGUAACAGCUGUGGCUUUUACUGGUGCUACUACAGCCACCGCUGUUCCUGACCUUCAGACCGUAGCUGCUCCUCCAGGGUCCUUCAGACCGUAGCUGUUCCUCCAGGGUCCUUCAGACCGUAGCUGUUCCUCCAGGGUCCUUCAGACCGUAGCUGUUCCUCCAGGGUCCUUCAGACCGUAGCUGCUCCUCCAGGGUCCUUCAGACCGUAGCUGUUCCUCCAGGGUUGUUCAGUUGUGAAGAAGCACAUGAAUAAAAAUAUGAGAAGUUGA